AAGUUGACGAACACGUCGUCAGCAGGCCGCGGAGGAAACGCAUUAUUCGCGUUUUUGCACGUCUUCCGCUUUACACCGGUAUACUACUACAUGAUUGCUAGAAAGAAUGCACAGAGGCUAGAUUGCAGACGAGGUGAAGGCGCUGAGUAGCAUUACUGUCUCACACGCGACAGCCGCGAAUGCCUUACUGGACAUCUAUCUGCAUAAACUGCAUUCACACACUGAAGGCCUGAGUUAAGCUUAGGUGCUGCGCGGUCAGUCGAGGUCAAUGGCGACCUCACGACCAGCACCUCCCUCUGGCUGUGCGCAGCAGCGGGACAUCGGCCCCGACCUCGCCAGCGCCGCACAUCGGGCCACACCGGGGCACACGUCAUGCUGUGGGCAAGUUCGCUCGGACCUCGGCCCCGCCACUGCCGCGGCAGCCAGCGGCCCUCCCCACCAGCACACCGACCCGCCCCACCACCCGCCCCACCACCCCCACCCCCACCACCAAGCCGGACACAGCGAGCCGGGCCAGCCCCUGCACGAGGCGGCGGGCGCUCAGCGGCAGGGCCGGGCCGAGGGCCGGGCCGAGGACCGGGGCCCCGAGGAGGAGGCGUCUGCGUCCGCGCCUGCAUCUGCGUCGGAGCAGCACAGGACCGCCUCGUCUGCCGCCGCCGGCAGCACCGCCACCGCCGGCAGUGCUUCUGCGGGCAGCGCCGGCGCCGCGGUGGUGGGGCCUGGGGCCGUGCAUGGCUGGGGCGCUGGGCUUGGGGACUGCAGCGGUGGGGACGAGUACGGCGCAGGGAAGGCGCUGCGCUCCCGGAGGUGGCAGCCGGCGGGGGCUACUGCCGCCACUGCUGCCUCUGCCACCGCUGACGCCUCUGCUACUGCCGCUUCUGUUGCUGCUAUUGCCGCUACUGCCGCUGUGGGAUUAGCAGCACAUGCAAACCAGGCGACAACACUGGCACCGGAGCCGGCUCAACAGCAGACUGCAGCGGCGAUGACCGUUGCAACCGCAGGAGGGGAGGCCGGAGGAGCCCCGAAUGCGGGCCUGGGUCCUCUCUCCUCGCCGUCUCUGGAUCCGCCAGAUCUGGAUCCACCGCCGGAGCCAACGCCGGCGGUUGGCGUGCCCACGUCCCUGGCGGCGGGCGUGGCGGCGCUGGCGGCGGCGGAGCCGCUGGCGGCGGCGGCCCGCGGCAGCGGCGCCCCGGUGGUUGUGGGCGUGACUGCGGGCGGCUCGGAUGUGGUGGUGAUGCGGCUGCUGGCCACUGGGCUGAUGCGGGCCGCGCACCACCCGCGUGCCGGCCUGAUUGUGUUUGCGGCGUACGGCGACGCCUUCCCCGCCCCCCUGGCGGGCCGGCUCCCCCGGGCCGUGUACGACGACAUCCGGAGGCAGCUGAACCAGGCGUCCUUUGAGGCCCGCGGUGCGGCGCUGCUGCGGCCGCCCGCCUCCUUCGCCGUGUGCGUGUGCGCCGCCCUGCCGCUGGCCUGGCCCUGGCUGUGCCCCCUCAUGGCGCAACGCAUCUCCCGCACCGCCGAGGUGUGGGAGGCGGCGGUGGGCGCCAUCAACGCCCAGUACGGCACCUCGCAUGGGGUCAACGUGCGCAUGCGCGGCGGCAUGUACCUGCAGGUGGUGGGUGGCUCCUCCGUGUUCCCACUCCCCUCCGCCCACACCGCAGCCCACACCGCCGCCCGGGACCAGCCGCCGGCAAUGCUGCAGCAGCAGACCCCCCCAGCCGCCGCCGUCGCCGCCGCUUCCUCGGCAGCCGCUCCACCGGCGGCGGUGGCGGCGGUGACGGCGGCGGGGCCUCAGCCGGCGGCGGGCAGCGCCACGGGCGGGGCUCGCCAAGCGGCAGUAGCAGCGGCGGCGGCGGCGGCGGCGGCAGGCGGCGGGGCAGGGCCUGAGGAUGACGGGGAUGACGAGGCGUUGCUAGCGGCAGUAGCAGCGGCGGCGGCGGAGGCGGACCGGCUGGGGCAACACGGCGGCGGCGGCGGCGGCGUGUGGGCUCUGGGGCUGCAGGGCGCGGGGGCGCUCCUGGGUCCGCCGGGGUCUGAGCACGUGGGGCCAGUGGGGCCGGCGGACAGGGGGCGGGCGCUGACGGCACCGCAGCCCCACGGCCCGCCCUCCCGCGGCCCCGCCGCCACCUCCACGUUUCCCUUCCUCACGGCAUUGCAGCAGCACUCGCCUGAUCUAGCAGCAGCAACAGCAGUAGACUCACUGGCAGUAGACUCACCGGCAGUAGACUCAUCGGCGGUGGCACCAGCUCCCACGUGGGCGGAUGCGGGCGUGCAAACCACUGCACCGCCGCCCGCCGUAACCGCCGUCAUGUGGCCCGUGGGCGGCGGCGACGGCGGCAGUAGCACUGGCGUGGCGGGCGCGCGGGGACAAGGGCAGCAGCAGCAGCAGCAGUGGCCGGCGGCAGUAGCAGCGGCUGGCCUUCCCAUGCUACUGCCGCGGGCGCCGCAGCUGCCGGCGGGGGUGGAUGUGGCUGCGCUGCUAGCCAGGCACCUGCCGCCGCAGCUACUGCCGCCGCAGGGGCUGGCAGGGCUGGGGCUGGCGGGGCCGGCGGCGGCGGCGGCAGUAGCAGUGGGGCCGCCGUCAGCAGGCGCGCCGGCAGGCCUAGCAGGUGUAGCAGCAGCAGGCGCAGCGGCGGCUGGACCGGCGGCAGGUGGGUGGCAGGCCGUGCCGACGCCGUCAGGGGCAGGGACGUCUGUGGCGGCGGCGGGUGCGGUGGACUCCUGGCCGCCGCUGUGGCUGGCGGUGGCGGCGGCGGAGGCGGGCGGCAAGCCGGCGCCGCAGCCGGUUCCGGGCGUGUUGCAGUGUCUGGGCCGCACCCCCGGCGGGAGGCUGCGCUGGCGGCUGCCGUUGCUGCCAGCAUUGUCAGGGCCCCCAGGGGACCCCAACCCAGCAAAGGAUCCCACCUACACCUCCUGCAGACCUGCACCCUAGCACUGUCCCUAAUACGGUACUGCUGGGAGGGCUGGAGGCGCGGGAGCAUUUGGGGCCCGAGCCCCCACGGCCGCUGGCACCGCGUUGGCUGGGGCAUCGAAGCGCCACUCGUGCCCUGUGCAUGGUGGCUGCACUGCGGGUAGCUGCCCCUAGCUGGACCCUGCUCCCCCCACCCGACCGCUACCCCUGGCGUCGGGGACGGAAACGGUUGUACGGGGCGCCGUACGGUGGUUGUGGGAGAGGGGGGGGCUGGUGGAUAUGACGUGGGCCUGUUAGCUCAGUUGGUUAGAGCGUGGUGCUAAUAACGCCAAGGUCAUCGGUUCGAUCCCGAUACGGGCCAGCGGAAGCCUUUUGGGCCACGCGCCCACGCUGCAAUACGCGCACGAGAGGCCUUAAGGAUGUAAGGCCUAUAUGCC